UUUCGAAGAGGAAGAAUGUGGACGUAAAUUCCCAAACAUCUAAUACCGAAGGCUUCGUUGAUGUUGAGAGCAGGCCCGAAGGUGUCAAGGCUGCUAAGGCCAAAAGAAACACGGGUAAAGGGAAGUCUGUGGCUGAGAUUGCGACCGUUUGGGAAAUGAAGAAGGACGAUUUGGUGAGGAAGGAGAGACUGUCGAGGCUAGCAAUACUAGACAGUCUCCUUACCCGUUCUGAACCAUUGACUGAGGCGGAAGUUGUUGCGAAGAAUAAGCUCCUACUGGAGUUAUUCUAAAAAAAAAAUGUCUUUUUAUGUAUGAUAUUUCCUGUACGCUCUAUGUUCUUGUUUGAUGUAUGUCCUAUGUUCUUAUUAGGUGUUUGGUCCAUGUAGUCCGGUUUCCUUAAAUGAGUUUUUAUUAAUGAAUCAUUUUCUUUAAAUGUCUUCGCUCUAAAUAUGUGUAUGUAAUUUAAAUGUUGACAAUGUAUGCAGGUUAAGUUAAAAUGGGACAUUACAGCUAUACGCAGCCAUCAGAAGAGGAUGAUUUAUUUGGAAACAAUGAGGACAGUGAGUACAGCGAGACGGAUGAUCUGAUACGACGUGACCAAGCUGAGUUAAGCUUGGAACGUACUCAACAGGUUGACUACCCUCCGCAACCGGAGGUAGAGUUUGGUUUUCCGCAGGUUUGCUAUUGUGGUGCUACGCCACUGCUAGCAACGUCUAACAACAGGCAAGAUCAAGGCAGAAGAUUUUUCACUUGUGCGAACAAAGACGACGGCGAAUGCCAUGUCUACAAAUGGUGGGAUGAGGCGCUGAUGGAGGAAAUGAGAGCCAGAGAUAUCCACGUGCUUCAGCUAGGUGAAAAGGUAGAAAGCCUAACCCUUUUGAGUGACUAUGACACAGAGCAGAAGAUACGAAACCUAGAGAAGAUUGUGGGUGAUAUGGCUAAGGAGAAAUCUUCUUUUAGUUAUGGGUUUGAGUGCUUUGUAAUAGGCAUAGUUGUUCUUGUUGUUGUAAUAGGCUUGGUUGUUAUGUUUGGAUAAAUUUAACUUCUCUAACCGGCAUGGUAUGGGUUUUUACCGGAUGUUAAUCGUUUGAACUCUGUUGUAAUUGUGCUCAAAUAGAACCGGCAUCAC